AUGCCGUCGGUCGACAUUUUCGCAGUGGCGCGUGGUCGGAAGAGCUUUUUCGGUCUUGCCAAACGCAGCGUUAAACGCAGUUUGGUGACGUGCCAGAAGAAGAUCCUGAAGCUGAGCAGUCGUCACGACGCUGUUCGCCACGAACCUCUCAUCGCAUCUGAUGAGACUCCGAAGCUUGACGCGGUCAGGAAGCUUGUCCCGAUUGUCAAGAACCACGAGAAGAAGAAUAAAAAGGUUUUCAGGAAACCAAGUCGAGAUAACUUUGCAAGUUUAUUUAGGUCGAUGUAGAACGUCCUUCAAUUGUUCUCCCAUACGUCUGCAUCAAAUCAGACAUCCGGGGGAACUUCGAACUUCAGUGUGACCACCUGGACUUGGUCAUGGGUGAGAGGAUGGUUUUCCAGCAGUCCAAUAUUCAUUUUUUCAGAGCAUGUUCUGAACGACUGUCGGGGAUUGAAGCACCUCGGCGACGCCGUCACCUUCCAGCUCGACAACGCGCCCUUGGUCUUCAAGACAAUUAGUGAGAAAAAGACUAUUGGAAGGGAGAAAUUGUUCGUGGCUUCAGUUUCAAGUAUCGACGGAGUGAAGGAGUUGGUGCUGGACACGGCAUGGAACUUGAUGAUAAUGCAGACGAUCGUCGACUACUACCAGGCCGCCAACGAGUUCGCACAGUCUCCUCAGAGGUUAGAAUCAGAAUUUGAAUCGAGUAAAAACGGAAAAUGAAAAUAAUGGUCAAUCUUCCAUAAAUGUUUAGUUUUUACUGUGAAUUGUUAGUUACCAGAAAAUUUCAAGUUUGAACUCGUAUUCGAGAAUUCAAAAGAGUUUCUUCGCUUUGUUUUACUGGAGGUCAGAAUCGAAUUUCUAAAGAACUCACCAUCAGACCAAAAAAAUUUCAUCGCAUUUCCAAAAACUGAAGUUUUUGGGGAUAAGGAUCUGUGAACGGCUCUCUGCUCGGAUAUCAAUAUCCGCUAUUUCAAAAAAUGAACUUCGAGUUAGAUGUAUUUAAAAAAAGUAACUCAAGAUGGCAUAGCUAAAUUAUCAGGGAGUAUGAAAUUUUUAAUCAUAAAAAGAGUUUUUUUAUUUUUUUCGUGGAGUUUUUUUUCAAUAUGAGAUUCCCACUGUUCAAAAUUGGUUUCUCAAACAUUCAUUUAUGUUCGAGAGUUUUAUCAAAAACACGCUUUUGAAAAAAACUAUACUAAAAUUUGAGGUUCGCAAUGGAGAACCUCUCGAUUAUUGGAAGUACGAAAAUCAACGACAUGGACGUGGUAAGAAGAAUAAAUUGUCACGCGUCUGAUUGCGCCAAUUUGAGCUCUCCUCUCUGCUGAUGCUGACGCGGCGGACUCUGACGAGCCUCCAGAUGCGCUACUGCACACUCCACACGGCAGAACAGUCUCUGCGUCUGUGGACCGCCGUCGGACAAUGCAGCCGUCUAGUACAGCUCCAGUAUGAGCCCUACAAACUCGAUUCCUUCAGUCGUCCCUACCUCGUCGACGUCGUUUCCAGAAAAAAGAUGACGUGCGUUUUGACUAUCGAACAAAAACAGCAACAAGGGUGUUCAGAUCGUUGAUCCUGACGGACAUUGGCGGCCUCACCCAAACAGACGUUUUGACGAUGGCUAAGGGCGGUUGUCUGACGGAACUGGCAGUCCUUGGAGAACGGAUUUAUCCGACGAUCUACACGACGCCAGAAGCUCGUCGAGCUCUCUCCAAGUUGAACAGUCUACUCAUCCAGGUAACGACCAGGACCCAAAUAUCUUGACUGGACUUCUGUUUCAGUUGAUGCCGACCUUCGAUCUUGGGAACUGCGAGUCGCGGGCAUCUCUUGUUCAACUUCUCCAACAACUCCCUCGAUCUUCCGUCUUGGAGGUGAUCAGAAUGAGGCUCUCAAAGAAAGCAUCCUUUCCUUCAGGUUAUCCAUUACACCAAGUCAAACGUUGCGGACACUGCGCGGAUUAUCAGCUACUGGCUCAGGCUCACCAAGUACAUCUCUUCCAAGGGAAGAAAAUGAAAUGAAAGAAUUUUUCAGUGACACGGAUCGGUAUGUGAUGUUGAAGUUGGAGAAUUGCUCGCAGGAGCGACAAGACGCGGCGGUGGGACGAGUCCUGAGGAAGUGCCACGACGCCCAGAAGUCCGACUGCUCGGAGAGCGGGAUCUCCCUGUCACUGAGUUGCGGGGAAGUGGUCGUCCUCGACAAGAAGACCUGGUUUGGCGACGACUUCUGA